GGCCCACGACAACCUUGUCCCCAGUUUUCUUGCUAAACGCCCUCAACGUCUUCCCCGACGUUGCUGCGACGUCCCCCCCACCGUCUUCUACAGCGGACAAGGUUAAUUUUCUUUUUGCAUCAGUCGCAUCAAGAAUCCAAAUCUCCGUUCGCACGUGUAGGAAACUCGUUUAAAGGGGCCGCCCAACGAAAACGCGGAAGUAGAGAGGCAAGCAGCAAGGGAGGGUUGUACAGGGUCCGCGUAGACUUGAGGAGUCCCUAACAGCAUAACAGCCCAUCAGUUAGCAAUUCUGUACAUUCUACGCUCCGUUUGACUUUCCUCAAAAUGUCUGCUCUUUCGCCUCGUUCUCGCCGCGUGGGGAUUACACGACCUCCGGCAGACCUGAAACUCAUAUACGAUCCGUCUUCUCAUUCCCCUCCUUCCUCUCCUGUAACUUCAUCUCCACCACCGCCAUCGCUACCUCCUCGUUCUCCACUCCGUCCCUCAGUUCGGUACUCUGGUUCCCCUAUCUCCCUAUCGACUGAACCCGCGUUAACCGAUCAGAGGCUUAGCUCAGGCUCUUCUUUUAGCGUCAAACUACCCACUCCACCAUCAUCUGAAGACGACGAAGACACAACAAUGGCAUUAGCCUCGGCGUUACAACUGCACAAUGCACUAGAUGACCCAAAUCUCCCUUCUUUACACGAGCUACUCGGUGGAGCUCUGGCCGUUGAGGAAUCCGUCAUUGUCAAUACAACAAAGCCUAUGCCUCUUCGACCAGAUUCGCCACUGGAACCCUCUGCCAUGGACGAGGAGGUUGCCUCGUCCUCCUCCUCCUCCCUUGCUGGCCAAUCAAGUCAAACAAACACCCUUUCUAAACGUCAGCAUGCUCUUCACGAACUGUUAGCAUCAGAAAGAGCAUAUGCGUCCGAUCUGGCACUGGUCAGAGAAAUUUAUAUUCCUCUGGCGCUUGGUAACUUGUUUUAAUUUCUGCGUGAGCGCUUUUAUACAAUAACUCAUUUUGUAGGUCAACCAAUUUUAGCGGCUAUACCUCCUGCAACACCGCCUAAUUCCUCUGGAUCUUCUUCCCGAACGAUGUCAAUCGCAUCAGACUCUUCCUCAAGUUCUCUCGGCCCACCGAUGGCUACAGAGGACGCAAAGGUCAUCUUCAAUAAUAUCGCUGAGCUUGCACAAUUUUCGGAUAGGUUUUGCGAACAACUAGAGGACGCGUUAGGCUCUAUCCUCGAAGGCGGUAUUGGCGAAGAUCGUGUCGGCGAAUUAUUCUUGCGAAUUAUACCUCACAUGGAACGUCCAUACAAACAAUACAUCACUCGGCAAGGUACCGCGGACGAGCACCUUCAAAACCUGCCCAAAACUCCUGCAUUGGAAGCCUAUUUUACACAAACACGGAAUUACUCGACCUCGGUCUCACACGCAUGGGACCUUCAUUCCCUUCUUAUCAAACCCGUUCAACGUUUACUCAAGUACCCGUUGUUACUUGGAACGAUCUUGGAAGCAACGGCCGAUACCCAUCCGGACAAAGAAAACCUUCGUCUAGCAAAGGCAAAGAUUGAAGUGGUGGCGAGAAAUGUUAAUGAGGAGCGGAGGCGAGCUGAGGUUGUGAAAGGGAUUUUGAUGGGAGAUCAUAAGAAGAAGUCGUUACCGACCGCUGCCACCAUUGGUGUUGCGGCGUCUGUCAAUUUGAGUAAGAUGAAGAGUUUGAAGAGGGGUGCGCAAGGUCAGGGUGGUUUGUCUACGUCGGCGUCAGCUCCGUUGCUUGGCGGUACAGACGGCGAUGGUAUAUCUGGGGGCAAUGCGGAGGCUAUCAGAGUGGAGAGAAUGACUACAGAGUUGAAGAAGAUAGAGGUGUACGCACAGCAGUUGGCAAAGAACGUCCUUGAUUGGAGCAAGAGUGCCAACGUUGUGGUGCAUAAUCUCCGGACAUGGGCACUUGGGUUUGGAAGGGUCAUUGGAUUGUCGGAUGAGCAAGGAAGUGAGGCGUUUGAUGCAUUCCUGUUGGUUUUGGAUGAGCAAUUGGCGCCACUCAGUGUGCAGCUGGAGGCGGCGAUCAACGAGAAGUUACUUAAGGAGAUCGCGAGGUUACUUUCGACCUUACGACAUCCGUGGAAGUUACUUGCGACUAUGGAGGAACAGGAACCCUAUCAUUAUCACUUGCUGAACAUGAAUGUGACCCCGAAGAAUCGGCCCCCAGCCGCUUUGCUCGAAGCGUCGACGAACUAUUUAGCGCUCAGAGGUCAACUGGCCAGCGAGCUACCAAAGUAUAUCGAAUUGAUGCAUCGAGGGCUUGCGAUUGCUGUGAAGAGGUUGACGGAGAUUCAAUCGCAUUACUGGAUGGAAGUGAGGGAUAGAUGGAGUGAACUUUGGGAGAUGUUGAGAGUUGAGGGUGAGAUGAAUGCUGGUGCAGAGGAAACGAUUGGGGUUUGGCGCUCAAGGUGGACAGAUGUCGACGACACAAUCAGAGUACUCAAGAUCACGAGUGUCCACAAAGUUACUGUCGAGCACCCAUCGUCGCCGAAGAAUUAUUCAGUACAGAUGGCAGCACCCAUUGCGGAGCAGUUCAUGCAUCCACAUUCCCAGCAGGUGCAGCCGCAUCAAACACUUCAGAGAGUUCCAUCAUUGAAGAGGACAACCUCCACGGUAGUAUCCAACGUCCUCUCUUCUCUGGAUCCUGUGCAUCCACAACAACAGAAUCAACAGCAUCAAACGCAUUUCCAAGUCUCCUUACCCUACCCUCUUUCGCCGACCCCUUCGUCAACGCGUACUAGAGGUCGGGGCCAUAGCGAUGCAUCUAUGGGAACAACCGCUUCAUCGAAGCGCAGUCUUCGGAAACAGGAAUCAAAUGAAAGUUUCAAUGGCAAGAACGGCUUUGGGACCAGUAAAACACUUUUCCAUCCUCGCCCUCGUGCUGAUGAUUGGGAUGAGUUCUUCCCACCUGCCCCUGCCAUUCUUGGAAAUUCGUUUUCCCUGCCAAGGACGAGGAGUAUGCCGCUUCCAAAACAUACUGGCGUAGGUGAAGGUGACAUGUUCAGACUACCUCAGGUUGAUACGUCGCCCGUCGUGGAAGACUUCUUUUUCCGAGAGGAGAAGAAGAGGAACGGAGAGCAGAGGAGGGACGAUGAGAACGACGUCAGGGGGCGAAAGUCGGGUUUCAAGAAGAAGCUUGGGGAGACCAUCCGGUCAAAUUCUCGACCAGGCUCUACCAAAGGUCAAGUGUUUACACCCACACCCACCUCCACUGCCGCUUCACCGCGGCCUACCCAAGGUCGAGUGUCCCUACCUGCGAACGCGUUGUCCUUGACGUCAGAAGAUGCGAAACGCAACAGUUGGUCCCAUGCACCGGGGAGAUAUACCUGCAUCGUCAUACAUCCUUGUCGGCCGCCAGCUCCUGUUGCAUAUCACGGUUUUCCCUUCUUCACAUUGGUGGAAGGGGAUGUGUAUCAUGUUCUCCAUGAAGCGGGACAUCCAAGCCUGCACAAGAAGUUGCCGCUAUAUGUUGAUGAUGGGGAGGAUUGUUUGUUACUGUGCAGGCAAGACCAGACCGGUGUUGUAGGAUGGGCACUAGCAAGCUUCUUAGAGCCGUUGACAGAACCGUAGGCCGCGGUCAAACCCUCUCGACCUAAUCUUCUCUGCAUCUACCUCCAUUCUAUUAUGCAUGUGCUUCAAUGUUUUACGGUGUAUUUUUGUUGUUUGUUUUACUAUCUUCCAUCUAUCUACUUUCUAGAUCGUCUUGUUUGUAUCUGCCACCAUUAGCAUUCUUUCAUCUACUGGUUUUUUUUUACUUUCUUUUGUCCCUGUGUACACUUCUGCUCUCUAUCUCUCUCACAUUCAUUGGCAUAACUCGGGAAAGGGACUGUACAUCAUCUCCUCACUCAAUCGCAUCAUUAAUCAGUUCAACCACAAUCUCUUAUUAUCUUAUCCCUAUUCAGCAGAGGAAAAAAAGAAAGC